AGGGCUAGUGCUGCCAGGUCGGUCAGGUUUAAUGAGUGCAAACAAAAUAGCAGCAAAGUUUAAAGGUUUCUUAGUUGAAAAAGGAGGGAGAGGAAAGAAUGACAAGGAGAGUCAGUGCAAAGAGAGAGCGAGAAGGAACAGACAAUUAGACUCAGCUUCUCCCCAACAAGCCCAUUUCUCGCCUCCUUCAGGCAAAGCGGAGCAGCAGCACCAACGUGCGGAUUUUGACUUGAGAAGAACGCGCAUCGGCGGAAUAUUUCGAGAGGAUUGGUGACCAGACCUACCAGAGAAAAAGGAUAUAUAUCGGAAAUAUUAGAGGGAGAGAAGUCGCCAAGAAGCGUCUCUGGUAUAUUUCGAUUCUCUGCGCGACUAUAGGAAGUCUCCUGGUCUCACCUGCGCGCCGUGCGUGUCCCAUCUCCCUGGGGACAAAAGUGCGUAAAAAUUUUCACAUCGACUUUUACGCAAGGUGACACUCCGAGCUGGAGAGACUCGGACGCGCUCCUGGAAGCACGAUGCUGAUCGGUACAUCUGCCCAGGGCAACCCGCUCCUUGCUUCUCUCCCAAUGCCGGGGCGGUCUCUGCAGCCUCAGCUCGACCUCAAACACCUCCUGCCCUUCAGGCUAAAUGGAUCCUCACCCCUUAGCCUCUUUCCUAACUUUAAUACGAUGGACCCUGUCCAGAAGGCAGUGAUUAAUCACACGUUUGGGGUCCCUCAGCCCCUUAAGAAGAAACAGAUCAUCUCCUGCAACAUAUGCCACCUGCGUUUCAACUCAACGAACCAAGCAGAGGCUCAUUAUAAAGGACACAAACACGCACGGAAACUCAAAGCCAUGGAGGCCCAAAAGAACAGGCAGCGACGAGGUGGGGAGAUCUCAACCACAGGGAAAGAGAGGGACCGAGACCGGGAACGAGACAGAAGCAAGACGUCAUCAGCUGACGCAGCUCUUCCAGCACCUGUGGAUACCAGCUUAGUAAAAGAAACAAGCCUUCAGUUUGAUCUGGAACCAACCAUUACGGAGGGAAAACUGGAAGAGAGUCCACGGAGCUCCGUCAUGCUGACACCGGUGUCCGAGGUUUCCUCCAUGGAGCUGGUCACGCUUUCCCCUCCUCAGAUUUCACCUUCCUUGCAGCUCAUGGAGACUGCGUCGGACACCAGCACGCCAGAGGGUGCCGUGGUCACAGAGGCCAUCGAGGUCACCGAGGCUAUAUGUCUGAGCAGCGAGUCGUGUAGCGUCGCCGACCCAUCCAUCACAACAGGGGAGGCCUGUGUGGAAGACAACAAAGACCCCAAAAAGAGCAAAGCUCACCUCCACUGUCCUGUCUGUAAAGUGACAGUCAACUCCCCGUCUCAACUAGAAGCACAUAACAGCGGUACAAAGCACAAAUUGAUGCUGGAAGGUCACAGUGUUCUCCCGCGGCGCAGGGGGAAAGUAGUGGCGGCUCGAGCUGGCUGCAAGAGCAAGAGGCUUGCGAGCAAAGGCAGCGUUGGGGUGCCUAGCAAGAAUUUCCAGUGUGAAGUGUGUGAGAUCUUUGUGAAUUCUGAAACCCAACUUAGCCAGCACAUGAACAGCAGAAGGCACAAGGAUCGGCUGGCCGGAAAACCACCCAAACCCAAAUUUACCCCCCACAGCAAGAGCCAGCCGAGCUCCAGCUUAGCGAACGUGAGAUGGAGUGGCUAUGCAGGCGUGGCCGUGUCUGCCAUGAAGAAAGCAUUCACCCAGUGCAAUCUCACCUCUCUCUCCUCUCAGACCAAACUGGCUUUGCAGAAGCAGCUGACCAAGAGUUUGACAACUGGCUUCCUGCCCAGCCCCCUCACCCCACCGACUCUGUGCACAGUGGCGACAAACCCGCUGGCUCUGCGCCACCCGGUGGGCACCACCACCUUCAUCCAGACCCCAUUCCUGGGCCCCGCACUGUUCCGGCCUGCCCCGGGGCCGCUGCGGGCCACACACACGCCCAUCAUCUUCUCCCCUUACUAAAGACUUAACCAAGCGCCCAGUUAAGCUUAGCCCUGUCCCUUUACUAACUCCAAGGCCCUCAUGUUAGUGUGACCUCACUACUAAGGUCGCAUCCAAACUAUGCAGUCCACCUGACUUAAAAAUGGGAAGAGUGCACAAAUUCCAAUUAACCAUCAGGCCUGAUGGCUUGAGAGCUCUUCUCAUUAUAGAGGCCAAGUUCCCCCAUUAAGCCUUCUUUCUGCUCCUUUUAUUGUGACCUCGGGAGCAACACAGGCCUCCAGACAGUGACUGACACAAAGGGGCCACUUUUAUAGCCAUUUCAUGGGUCGACAUGGUUUAAAUUAUGAAUAUUAUUGUGUAAUCUAUUAUAAAAUAUAUAGAGAAAAAAAUCUAGAUGUAUGUUUAGUGUGGUUGCCACAAAAUAAGGUCCCUUUACUUGAUGCUCUUAAAACUUUUAUCUUAUAUGUUUGGAGGUUUGAUGUCGUUGUAGGUCCUUAAAGCAGCUGAAGCAAAGCCAUACGUGUAUGGCUGCAGAGGCCAGUCUCACUCAUCACUGUUUUUAAGCUGACAAACUUAAGCCAUGCUGUUGCAUGGCAUUGUGGAUAGGGAUAAAACCAUACCAUGUCUUAGCUUAAUGGUAGUGUUCAGGUUUUUACUGCGAGAUUUUGUUAAAAGGUUAUAAGGAGUUAAUGUCUUACCAACAGCAGAUGAGCCUCUUAAGCUGCCGUCACACUGCUUUCUAUCCUGCUGUGUGCUGGCAUUUGGAAAAGAAACUUUAUUUGGGUUUAAAUGUGAAUAUAUUAAGGUGAUUAAAUGUUUCACUUUUGAUGCCCUCUCGGUUUGAACACUGCACAUGUCUCGGGAUCAAUAGUGUGUAAUUUAGUGUUCUGCUGCAUCAGAAUGUUGCAUGCUACUUAUUUUCAUACCAAAGACUUAGCUGAGCAGGGAAGGAAAUUGCUAUGCUCUACUGCUACCAAGGGGUCACAUAAUUAUUGACUGAUUGAAAAAAGAGUAGGUUAUUCCUUCCCUUUCCUCAGACAAAAGGUUUCCUUAGUUAUUAGUGGGUCAUUCCUAAUAUGUAUGAGCAAUAUAUGUAGAGUGUAUACUGUGUGUAAGAGCUGCAGAGCUCCUGAUGCAGAAUAUCCCAACAUGUCCAAAAAAACUGGCACCCUGGAUUACCAGAUCAUAUGUUUGCUGCAGUGUCAAAUAGCUCUGCUUAGUGAGGGAGCAUCUGUGAAAACACAAGGCAGAUAUGCAGUGGUGUGACAAGGUAUUUAGUGCUUUCAUUUAGUAUAAAUCCAGAUUAGUUGGUCCUGAGCUUCAGCUUAUAUCUAGCCUAAAGGGAGCCAAAGUG